CGGCAAACGGCGACAAUGGCCGCGGCGGCGGGCGGAGGCGGCGGCGGCGCCCCGGGGACGGUGACGGGCGGCGCGGGGCCGGGGGGGGCGGCGGCGGCGGCCGUGGGUCUGGCGCUGUGUCGGAGGAAGGACGGGGGCCCGGCGGGCAAGUUUUGGGAGAGCCCGGAGACGGUUUCUCAGCUGGACUCGGUGCGGGUCUGGCUGGGCAAGCACUACAAGAAGUAUGUUCAAGCAGAUGCUCCUACAAAUAAAACUUUGGCUGGGCUGGUAGUACAGCUUCUACAAUUUCAAGAAGAUGCCUUUGGGAAACAUGUCACCAAUCCUGCCUUCACUAAGCUUCCUGCAAAGUGCUUCAUGGAUUUCAAAGCCGGGGGUACCUUGUGUCACAUCCUUGGGGCUGCUUACAAGUAUAAAAACGAACAGGGAUGGAGAAGAUUUGAUCUGCAGAAUCCUUCCCGAAUGGAUCGCAAUGUGGAGAUGUUUAUGAACAUUGAAAAAACACUGGUUCAGAACAACUGUCUGAGCAGACCUAACAUCUACCUCAUUCCAGACAUUGAACUGAAGUUGGCUAACAAACUAAAGGACAUUGUCAAACGACAUCAGGGAACAUUCACUGAUGAAAAAUCAAAAGCCUCUCAUCACAUUUAUCCUAUUCCUACCUCACUGGAGGAUGAAGACUGGUUGAGACCUGUGAUGAAAAAAGACAAGCAGGUGCUAGUACAUUGGGGAUUUUACCCAGACAGCUACGAUACUUGGGUUCAUGCUAGUGAUGUUGAUGCUGAAAUUGAAGAUCCUCCCAUUCCAGAAAAACCGUGGAAAGUUCAUGCAAAAUGGAUUUUAGACACUGAUAUCUUUAAUGAAUGGAUGAAUGAAGAAGAUUAUGAGGUGGAUGAAAACAAGAAACCAGUUAGUUUUCGUCAGCGCAUUUCAACAAAGAAUGAAGAGCCAGUCCGUAGUCCUGAGAGACGAGAUAGGAAGGCAUCAGCAAGUACAAGAAAGAGAAAACAUUCGCCUUCUCCUCCACCUCCUACUCCUGUUGAAUCAAGGAAAAAGACUGGAAAGAAAGGACAAACUAGUCUCUAUGGGAAAAGGCGAGGUCAGAAAGAAGAGGAUGAACAAGAAGAUCUCACUAAGGAUAUGGAAGAUCCAACACCUGUACCUAACAUAGAGGAAGUGGUACUUCCUAAAAAUGUGAAUCCAAAGAAAGACAGUGAAAAUACACCAGUUAAAGGAGGAACAGUAGCAGAUCUAGAUGAGCAGGAUGAAGAAGCAGUGACAGCAGGAGGAAAGGAAGAUGAGGAUCCCAGUAAAGGUGAUCAAAGUCGAUCAAUUGACCCAGGUGAAGAUAAUGUAACAGAGCAGACAAAUCAUAUUAUUAUUCCAAGUUAUGCUUCAUGGUUUGAUUACAACUGUAUUCAUGUAAUAGAACGUCGUGCUCUUCCUGAAUUUUUCAAUGGAAAAAACAAAUCUAAAACUCCAGAAAUAUAUUUGGCAUACCGUAAUUUCAUGAUUGACACAUAUCGCUUAAACCCUCAAGAAUAUUUGACCAGCACUGCUUGUAGGCGGAAUUUGACAGGAGAUGUUUGUGCUGUUAUGAGGGUUCAUGCUUUUCUAGAACAGUGGGGGCUUGUUAAUUACCAAGUUGAUCCAGAAAGUAGACCUAUGGCAAUGGGACCUCCUCCAACUCCUCACUUUAAUGUGCUAGCUGAUACCCCUUCUGGGCUAGUGCCUCUCCAUCUCAGAACACCUCAGGUCCCUGCUGCUCAGCAGAUGUUGAAUUUUCCUGAGAAAAAUAAGGAGAAGCCUACUGACUUACAGAACUUUGGUCUCCGCACAGACAUUUACUCUAAGAAAACCUUAGCAAAAAGUAAAGGAGCCAGUGCUGGAAGAGAGUGGACUGAACAGGAGACACUGCUGCUUUUAGAGGCCCUCGAGAUGUACAAAGAUGAUUGGAAUAAAGUAUCAGAACAUGUUGGGAGUCGAACUCAGGAUGAGUGCAUUCUCCACUUUCUGAGACUUCCUAUUGAGGAUCCUUAUCUUGAGAACUCAGAUGCCUCCCUUGGACCCCUGGCUUAUCAGCCUGUCCCUUUCAGUCAGUCAGGAAACCCAGUGAUGAGUACAGUUGCAUUUUUGGCAUCUGUGGUGGAUCCACGGGUAGCAUCUGCAGCAGCUAAAGCUGCAUUAGAGGAGUUUUCCCGGGUCCGGGAAGAAGUACCAUUGGAAUUAGUUGAAGCUCAUGUCAAGAAAGUACAGGAAGCAGCAAGAGCCUCUGGAAAAGUAGAUCCAACGUAUGGUCUAGAAAGUAGCUGCAUUGCAGGCACUGGUCCUGAUGAGCCAGAGAAACUUGAUGGUACUGAAGAAGAAAAAAUGGAAACUGAGACAGAUGGACAACAGGCUGAAAAGGUUGAAAACAAAAGUGAAAAUGAAACUGAUGAAAACGAGAAAACACAGGAUGGAGAAAAUGAGAAAAGUAUUGAGAAAGAACAAGAUAGUGAAGUUAAUGAGGAUACCAAAUCAGAAGAGAAGGAUGGUGAAGAGAAUAAGGAAAAUGACGCCUGUAAAGAGAGAGAAAAUGAUACUGGAAAGAAGAAAGUGGAACAUGAAAUUUCUGAAGGAAAUGUAGCCACAGCUGCAGCAGCUGCUCUUGCCUCUGCUGCCACCAAAGCAAAGCACCUUGCUGCUGUAGAAGAAAGAAAAAUCAAAUCUCUGGUGGCCCUGCUGGUAGAGACACAAAUGAAGAAGCUGGAGAUAAAACUCCGUCAUUUUGAGGAACUGGAAACAAUCAUGGAUAGGGAAAAGGAAGCUUUAGAACAGCAGAGACAGCAGUUACUCACUGAACGCCAGAACUUUCACAUGGAGCAGCUAAAAUAUGCUGAAUUAAGGGCUCGACAGCAAAUGGAGCAGCAGCAGCAUGGGCAGAACACUCAGCAGUCCCACCAGCAUUCUGGAGGACCUGGUAUGAACCCAAUUGGAGCACCAGGGCAUCCAGGAAUGUUACCUCAUCAGCAGCCCCCUCCUUAUCCCAUGAUGCAUCAUCAGAUGCCCCCUCCUCAUCCACCUCAACCAGGUCAGAUGCCAGGUCCUGGUUCCAUGAUGCCUGGACAGCCCAUGCCAGGUCGUAUGAUUCCAGCUGUUGCAGCUAACAUCCAUUCUUCUGGGGGUGGUCCUCCCCCACCUGUCAUGCCACCAAUGCCUGGGAACAUCAUUGGACCACGAGUACCCCUUGCAGCACCUAAUGGCAUGUACCCCCCUCCUCCGCAGCAACAGCCCCCACCACCUCCGCCUACCGAUGGUGUCACUCCUCCUCCUGCAGCAGCACCAGCCUCCUCAGCUCCCUAACAAGACGCAGUUCAAGGGACUUCCAGACCUGAUUCCAUGAUCUCGAGUAGUGGUGACAAGACUCUCUUAUUCCUCAGUUUCCUUCUGUUUCUUUCAAGAUUCCUUUUCCAUAUUUGAGUGCCUCCUUGCUCUGGUGUAUUCCUUUUGGCGGUGCUCCUUUGCCAGGGCUUAUGGGGGACUGAUGGUGAAAGUAUACAUUAGACAGAAAGAAUUCCCCUUGUGUCUUCCCUGUGCUGUGUAAGGGGCAAAUAGGGAAUAUAACGGGUAAGCCCAUCCCAAUCUUUGCUCUUGUAGUCUUUCUCUGUCUUGGUGCUUCCAUGGGUAAUUUUUUGUUGUUAGUAUUUAAAAAAAAAAAACACCUUUAAUAGGAACCAAAAGAUUCAAGCAGAGAGAUGGAUCCACCAGUCUAGAAGUGACUGAAUUUUCAGGCAUAGCAGAUGCAUUCAUUUUAGUUUAAUGAUGGGAUAGGGUGAAGUGCAAAUGUUUAGAAGGUACACAGGGCCUUGGCACUCACAUAUAAGCAUGACGAUAAGGGAUAACAGUGGUGGAGGGAGGCACCCUUGCCAUUAAUACUGCCCCCAUUGAGGAAUACAUGUGCCUCUUUAUUAAUCCAAGUUAUUGCACAUCAUUUGAAUCAGUACCUGACCCAUCUCUCCUGCCAUACUGACAAAACAUACUUUUUUCAUUGAUCAUUGACUGAGAGUGCAACAAUUAGAAUAAAAUUGCUCUCUUCUCCAGGUUUACUGGUUCUGGCUUUCUAUGCAGAUAGUUAUUGUUGGGAUGGUUUGAGAUGUAGGGAGCUUUGGGGGCUACUAAGGGGUGGGGGUGGAAUUGGGGGGGUGUAUUCCUUAGGUCCUCAAGAUACUCAGAAAAGUUUUGGGAGUUUAAGGCACCAGCCUUGAUUGAGGAAUCCAGCCUAAUAGUCACUCUUGGGUGCAUUUUUUUCUCCUCUUUGCUUUCCCCUUUAUAAAAAGCUAAAAAGGAAAAUAAAAAAAGUAGAUGUAGUUCUGAAGUUCUAGUUAUGGAAUUUGGUUGGGAUGGCUAGGGGUGUGAAGCCCCAAACUACCUCUUGCAGACAGCCAGAGUGAGCAGAAUUCAGUGGAAGCGGUACUUUGAAUUUAAAACAAGUUUAUUAGAGAGGUAAGGUGGUGCUAUACCGACUCUUUACACCUCUUCCCUUUACUUUCUGAUCUCUUACAUUCCAUCCUUCAUCAGGAUUUUGAUAGGAAACACCUGGUAAAUUCUGAGGGGAUGCUAGGGAAAGGGCUCAGCAUUUAGAGCAAAAAGCUCUCUGUUUUUAUUAGGAGAUGGGUUAGUAUUUUACUUUUUUCAAAGAUGGGUUGGUGUUUGGGGGGGGGGACUUUUUGCUUUCUUUUGUUUUUCAGGGACAGAGGUACAGGAAUGGGGUCCAUUCUAUAGGAAGACACAAAAAUGCCUUAAUAUGAGCCCAGUUUGGACUACCUUACUGUUCCUAGUACUAAUGGUUAGUUACUUGAUAGUUCUUGGUGACCAUUCAGUUUUCCUCUAUUCCCAUUCCCUAGGAAAGAGGUUUUUAAGGAUUUUUUCCCCCUAAUUAAGCUUUGUUUUCCAAAGCUUGUGUCCUCCUUACCUUAAUUUCCAGGUUGCAUUUCCAUCAAAGUACAAGGUUGGAAAUUUUUUCUUUUUCUAUCUUGUCUAUAAAAAGCUUUACAUACAAAGGACAAGACACAUGAACUCUGAACACAGAACAUUGUCUUCUCUUUUCUUUUUUUUUUUUUUUUUUUUUAAAUCAUAUUCUCUGGAAAACAAACAACAACAACAACAACACAACUAUCAACAGGAUCUGCCUUCUCAAGGCUUCAGGUGUGGACUUCAGCUAAACAGAUGCUAUAAGUAUCUCAAAGCCCUUUCUUAGAGCACUGGAUUUGAGUUGUUCCUACUGGAGUUUAGUUUUACUGCAGUUACCUCCAGAGAGCCCCCCCAGUGCCUUGUGAAAACAGCCAGGGUUUUCCUCAUUCCCUGCCCUCCACCCACUCCCACUCCCCACCCUGCUGAAGGAAAUUCAUUCCAAAUGGUUUUCCUCUGGGGCUUUUGAAGGAACAUGGAAUUUUAUUUCAGAUUGUAAUCCCAUGUAACCUCAGGUUGUUAGGGUAAACACUUUCAAAUUUCAAGAUCCAGGUAGAGUUAUUUUUUACUGUACUGGUGAUGGUCCUACCAAGUACCUGAAUUCUUAACACUGCUGUGUAUCUGUAUAAAUAACCAUGUGGUGACUUUUUCAUCUGAUCCUGUGUAUAUGAUCCAGUUUUAUUCCUGCAAUACAGCCACCCAAUUUUGUGAGAAAAACAAAUGUGGUUUUUGUACAAA